AUGCAUGGAAGCUCUUCCACCUCCGAGCUGCCAGAGGCCGCCUGCAGGAUGAAAUUGAAUGGUGUCCCUCAGAAUGAAGACGAAUCUAGAUGCGAUACAGCGGAAUCGCCGGAAAGAGACCCCCGGGAGGCCAGGCUGGCGGAGCGCGUGUCCCGGGCCGAUCCCCGCGCGCUGCCCGCACCCCUGUCCGCAUCCGCGCGCAGACACAGACUGCAGAGGCAGAGGGAGGUGUGCGACCCGCAGGACACCCCCGCUGCGCCAAAACUGUCCGCUGAAGCGCCUGCGAAGGGCUCUCUCACCUCAGGCAUGCGGAAAAAAUACUUAAAGGAACUACUGCUAAAUAAAAGUCGACUUGGCAGCAUAUUACUGUCCUCUAGCAGCUGUAGCGGUUCUUCCAGAGAGCACGACAGCGAUGUCUUACAGUGCACUUCGGAGGAAAGCGCCAAUAGCCGCACAUUUUGGGCUCUGGAUCCAACGGAACACGCUUGGAUGCUGUCGGUGGUGGAUGGAAACCUCGAUACCAUCCUUGAUUAUCUCAGGGAGGAUUUCAGUUUAUUGACCAAAAAGGACUUUGUUACGGGUUUCACUGUUCUUCACUGGUUGGCAAAAUAUGGGAAGCACGAAACGCUGAUAAAGCUGCUAAGGCAUGCCGAAAAGGAGGGUUUUCCGGUAAAUGUGAACUUAAAGGCGAGCGGGGGCGUCACGCCGCUCCACGUCGCCGCCAUGCACAGCCAGCACAUGGUUAUAAAGAUUUUGGUGGGCGCGUUUAGCGCCAAUGUGGAGGCUAUGGACUACAGCGGACGGCGACCGUGGCAGUACCUCCAAAGCAACGCCUCGGAGGAGAUGAGGGAGCUCCUGGGUGCUUUGGAUGAUGAGGCUGGUGGAAAUAUCGUGUAUCAGAAUGCCAAUAACAACAGCGCCGGCGAAGCGCAGCGCCUCAAAACUGAUCGCCAAAAUCGAGGCGCUGCGCUGGGAAGCGCGCUGGACCCUUCCGCAAAAAGAAGCGAACGCUGGCGGACUGGAACUGUCAGAAAACGUCUUGCACCUUAA